UCCAGGCAAUAGAAACUGUUGACGGAUCUUGGUGUUUGGGUUCGGGUCUGGACCCGAUCCAGUAUGUCCUAAUUAGGGCAUACUUAUAUCAUUGUAAACCCUAAUCUAAAGUUUUAAUGAAAUCUUAAAAGAGAGAGAGUCUGGUCGCUAGUGGGCGCCAGUUCCUCCUCGUUCGUGGUUUUUUUCUUCAAGCUGAGGGUUUUUCCACGUUACAUCAUGUUAAUCGUAUUCCUUUAUUCUUGAUCUUCGUGUUUCUACAUGGUAUCAGAGCCGUGAAGUUCCGGCGUGUCUGAUUCGCGUUUUGUUUCUGUUGUGGUCGUGUGAGAGGAGGACUCGUGCCGGCACUGUUCAUUGACCAUCGCCCGACGCCGUGCCGUUAGUGUUUGCUGCCCGAUGGGGACGCGGUCAUCGCCCGACGCUGUUGGUGUUCAGGCAUCUAUUCCAACAACUCACUCGGCGCCGUUGGAGUUCCGGCGUCUUUUCUAGCGCCUCACUCGACGCCGUUGGAGCUCCGGCGACGCCUCGACGCCCUCUGGAGUUCUUUCCGGAGACUCUGUUUCUGCCCUGCUUGCCGCUGUGAAGCUCCGGUGGACCUCGACGAAGGCUGUUGUGCCCGACGGUGCAUCUUCUGGCUGCAUCGCCUGAGAACGUUGCCGCCGCCGCCCCCAGCGUCUCCAACUGCGUCGCCCGUUGUUACUCCAUCGCCUGGUGGAGUCCCUGCGUCGCCCGGUGGAGUCCCAGCGUCACCAGCUGUUGCCGCCCUGCCGCUGCCUAGCCUCUGCCGCCCUGCUUCUGACGCUCCGCCCUGCUGCCUCAGCGUCGCCCGACGCUCCUUGUCGCCCUGUUGCCUCAACGUCGCCCGACGCUCCCUGUCCGUUGCUUCUUGCCCCCCCUUCACCGUCUGCCUUGCCUGCUGCCUUGCCUUGCCUGCUUCAUCGUCUGCCGUUGUGCCUUGCCUUGCCUACUUCAUCGUCUGCCGCUGCUCGCUGCUACUGUUCCUUUUCUGCUCUCUUUAUAGCGCUGGUCUGUGAUUAUGGCAGCGUCUUCCUCGUCCACCGUCAACACUGAUCAAUCUGAAAUUGGGUCUUAUAGACCUGAGAAUGUUCCCGUUCAAGUCACAACUAUUCGCCUUACCAAGGAGAACUAUGUCUCGUGGUCGGCUGCUAUGACUAUGGGGAUUGCAGGCCGCGGUCGGAUUGCCUAUAUCAAUGGAAGAAAACCUGAACUGGCAGAGACAAGUGGUGUGUGGGACACUUGGUUUCUUGAGGAUAAUCAAGUAAAAACUUGGAUUGUCAACUCUGUUUCAGCUGAUAUCCAACCCCUUAUUCUUCGAAAGAAGACUGCGAGAGACAUGUGGGUGAUUUUGGAGCAAAUGUAUGGCCAGAAGAAAACAACUAUCCGGACUUACCAACUCAUGAAGACUGUCUAUGGAAUUCGUCAAAGGAACUUAUCUGUUGCAGAUUAUUAUGGGGCUUUGAAAGCCAAGUGGGAGGUUCUUGAUUAUUAUUAUGACAUUAAGUGGCAUUGUCCUUAUGAUCAGGCACUUCAUGUUGCUAAAGAGUGGGAAAAUAGGGUGUUCCUCUUAUUAGCUGGUUUAAAUGAUGAGUUUGAAGGUGUUAGAAGCCAGAUUCUGAAUUCAGGAGAAGUGUCGAGUAUUGAGGAUGUGUAUUCUCGUGUUGAAGCUGAAGAACAGAGGAGGCUGGUUACUGCUGGGGGAAAGAGAAAUCUCAUGUCAUAUAAUGAGAGAUCUGCUCUUGUUAGUCGGGGUCCUGGACGCACCACUAGAUCUCUUCGUAGAUGUACUCAUUGCAAGAAGAAUGGUCAUACUGUGGAUUUUUGUUGGGGUCUUCAUCCCGAGAAAAAGGGUAACAAAGGGAAAUCAUCUAAUGGGAAGCCGACUGUCUCUGAGGAGACAAAAUCUAGUGGAGGAAAGAUCUCCAUUUCUGCUGAACAACUUCGGGAACUGAGGGCUUAUUUGGGUCGGAUCGAUGUCAAUCAGGUUGAGGCAUCAGAUGAGAUAAAGGCUAGUCAUGCUCUUGCCAUUGUAGGGAUAAAGGACUUGGCGACAGGGAAGAGGAUUGAGAUUGGUUUGGCGUCUGAUGACUUAUAUCGUCUUCCCAUACGCGUGGCCACGGCUCUUGUGACAGCGAUCAGCAUGACAGAAAAGCACAGAGAAGAUUGUCUUCAGUCCUUCUUGUAUUGGCAUGAACGCCUUGGGCAUUUACCUUUUGGGAUUUUGAAACAGUUGUUUCCCGAUUUGUGUUCCACUCUGAAUUUGUCGUUGAUUUCUUGUGAUGUAUGUCAGUUUGCCAAACAUGUGAGGGCUUCGUACCCUAUUUCUACUAGUCGUGUUAAUGAAGCUUUUUCCUUGGUUCACUCUGAUGUGUGGGGGCCUUCGGGAAUUCAUACCCGUCAAAGUUUUCAAUAUUUUAUAACUUUUAUUGAUGACUUCUCUCGGACCACCUUUGUGUACUUGUUAAAGGAUCGAAGUGAGGUACCUCAUAUCAUAGAAACCUUCAUUCUACUUGUGCAAACUCAAUAUGGUGGAACGGUUAAACCUUUCGGUCGGAUAAUGCCCGUGAGUAUAUGUGUCAGCCAGUUGAGGAGUUCUUUCGAAAAAAGGGGAUUGUUCACGAGACGUCCUGUAGUUAUACUCCCCCACAAAACGGGGUGGCUGAGAGAAAGAAUCGCCAGCUCCUUAAUGUCACCAGAGCCCUUUUAUUUCAGAGGAAUCUUCCAAAGCACUAUUGGGGUGAUGCAGUUCUCACUAGUGUGUAUCUCAUCAACCGCAUGCCCAGUUGUGUGUUGAAUGGUCGGACUCCCCAUUCUUUAAUUUCGAGAAGUCGUCAACCUUUUCUCCUCCCUCCUCGUGUUUUUGGCUGGGUGUGUUUUAUUCAUGAUCACAGUCCCAAUGUCAAGAAACUUGAUCCCCGGUCUAUUAAGGGUGUGUUUGUUGGGUAUUCUCCUACUCAGAAAGGGUAUAAGUGUUUUGAUCCUACCACUGGUCGAGUUUAUGUUACACGGGAUGUUACCUUCUUGGAACAUGCCUCUUACUUUUGUGAGAAUCCUCUUCAGGGGGAGAAGUUUGUGGUUAGGGAAGAGUAUUCUCAAAGUCAGGAGAUUCAAUUUACAGAAUUUUUAGACUAUAAGAAAGGAGAACCUCUCACAGUUGUUGAUGUACCUGAGAAGGAGGAAGGAUGUGACACUGGAACUGAGAAGGAAGGUCAUCGUUUGUUUGGACAGGUCUACUCUAGACGAGGUGCUCGGACAGAGGAGGUGACUUGUGGUGCGAGAUCUACUUUCAAUCCCAAUGCCAUUCCUUCCCUGGAUGAACCAAGUCCUACCUUGAAGAUUCAAGAUGGGGUUGAAAAGAAAAAUGAAGAUCUUCCCAUUGCCCUGAGGAAAGGUGUCAGGUCAUGCACUCAACACCCGAUUGGUAAUUUUGUAUCUUAUUUUAGACUUAGCAAAGAUUACAAGUGU